GACGGGACUUCCCCUAGCGGACAUUUAAAAUUCCCGGUUAAUAUAUAAUGAAGCAGAUCUAAAGUUUCAUGAGGUUUUCGUUGAUUUGAUGUAAGCUGGUGGUGUAUCCUCCUGCGAAGAAGUUAGAUUGGAGUCAAAAGGUGCUAAAAGGAUAACAUCCCAGAAAGAUGGGUGUGUUAAGAAUAUUCUUGUUCCUGUUGUGUGUGUUGCUACCAAUUAAAGCUGCUGAAACAAAUUCAGUUUACAUGACAACUUAUGAUGAACUUUAUGCUGAUGGUUUGGAAGCAUACUGGAACGAAAACUGGGAAGGUUGUAUCGAGAAAAUGAACAAAGCUUUGGAGAACUAUAAGUUCAUCCAGAGAGAAGUACAAGUUUGUUCAUUAAGUUGUCGUCCCACGCAUGCAUCAGAGCAAGGCUCACUUGAAGUCAUUCGGCAGCAUGCACUAUGCACACACAAAUGUGAAGAGAAGAAGUUUGGAAACCCUGAAUCGAUUCUUCGUAUUUCUGAUGAAGUUAAACAUACAUUUAAAUCAAUGGAACCUUAUAGAUAUCUUCAAUAUGCUUAUUUUAAGGUUGGAGACUUAGCGAACUCAGUAUCAGCAAGCUACACAUACGCAAGUUACGAUCCACUCGACCCGAUGAUGAAAGAUAACUUGGAUUGGUUUCGUAAACAUGAAAAUGCUACAGAAGAAAUGUUUGUUAACCUGGAACCUAUAUCUCAUAUUGAUCAAUAUGAUAAUGGUAUACAAGCAUAUAACAGAGAAGAUUACACUGAAGCAAUUCCUUUGCUCGAGGAUCCCUGGUUAAAUAUUAUGAGAUUGAAAGGAAAUGUCGUGUAGAUUGUGAGGGGGAAUAUAACGCUGGUGAUGAAUACAAGGAUGAACCAACUGCCUUUCAUAGGCAGAUUACUAAUCACUACCGAGCUGUAUUAGAAUGCUACAUGGCAUGCCCUGAUGAAGCAGCUAGAGUAAACGCUAAUUCAUUCAUCAACAAUUUUGUGCCAAAGGUUUAUCAUUACCUGCAGUUUGCUUACUACCAUGUUGGUAAACAUUGGCAAGCAGCACAAGCAGCAAAAAGUUAUCUCUUAUUCUUCCCAGAAAAUGUGUUGAUCAAAAAUAAUUUAAACCAUUUUGAAAAUUCAACCGAUGCUAAACCAAAAGAGGACGUUUCACUUUUCCAUCGUCGCUUAAAAGUUCAGUCGAAAAUACUUCGUCACAUUUACCAAAACUUUGGAAUUCGUAAUUUUUCCGAAAGUCUUUUAAAUCCAUAUAUGGAAGAAGAUGAUGGUGACUCAGAAGAAAAUAAUAAUGAAUCAUCGGAAAAUGUUGUUGACUCAACAGAAAAUAAUGCUGAUUUGGCAGAAAAUGAAGAUAGCAUAGUUGGGGAAAUGGGUGACAUUUCAAAAAAUACAGAAGACACUGAGGACAAUGGUGAUUCAGCAGAAAAUAUUGAGUUGAAAGAAAAUUCUGAUAAAUCAACCAAAAAUGUUGCUGCUACAUUAAAACAAGUAGAACCACCUAAGGAAAGUAAAACCCAAGCAAAGGUGGAAUAUAAUUCCAUGAAAGAUAAAACCAAAGACAUGAUUGAAGCCAAGGAUGCUUACAAUGCUAGGAUGGAAGUUAUAAGGAAGAAAAGAGAGGCGGAGAGCGAUGUAGAUAUCAGUCACAUGUUGUCCGACAUCGGGCAUGAGGUCAUAGACUCCAACUCCAUCAUAUCCAUAAUAGACAGCACAUCAUUACCCCAACCCCCCACUCCAGAAGGACCCCUGCUUCAUAAUAAAGUUGUGAUGCUAAGCAACUCAACACAGAUGGCUGGCCCAUUAAGGUUUGCUGUUGAUGGGUUUGCAUCAGAACAACAAUGCCAAGAUCUUAUUGAUCUUGAACUGAGUGGUGGUGUGCUGGGUGAUGGAUACAUGGGAAGGGUAUCACCUCAUAGUGAACAUGAAUUGUUUCAAGGGAUGACUGUGUACCUUGCUGCUAAGUUAGCGGAGAAAGGCAAAGUUCCUCCCCAAACUGCAGCUCUGUAUUAUAAGCUUAGUGAAGAAGCUAGACUACAAGUGAAGAUGUAUUUCAAACUAACACAAGAACUCUACUUUGAUUAUACACACCUUGUGUGCAGGACAACUGUUAAAGGAAAGCCUGUUGAAAGAACCGACCUCAGUCAUCCCGUUCAUAGCGACAAUUGUUUAUUGAAAGAGAACGGCUCAUGUUUAAAGGAGAGGCCAGCUUAUACAUGGAGAGAUUACAGCGCCAUAUUGUAUCUUAAUGAUGAGUUUGAAGGUGGUGAAUUUAUAAUGACAGAUGCAACAGCAAGAAGAGUUAAGGUACAAGUUCGGCCUAAGUGUGGUCGUCUUGUUAGUUUCUCUGCUGGUAAAGAAUGUCUUCAUGGAGUCAAACCUGUUACUAAAGGACGUCGUUGUGCGAUGGCUCUCUGGUUCACCAUGGACCCCACACAUAAUGAAGAGUCGCGACAAAAAGCGGAAAAGAUUUUGAAACGUCUUCUAAAAGAUGAGUUAUGAGCCUUACACAUAAAACAGCCACAUACACAAUACAUGACCGCCAUGCAGUAUUACUACCAUGCCUUGCAGUUAGGAGAAUCGCACUUUACGUCGUCAAUAGGUCUGAAGAUAAAUGACCUUAUUAAAAAUUCCGUCUUUUUAUAUGCAGUCGUGUAAGAUUCCUUUAAUUUUUUAACACCGAUGCUAUAUUGGUGUAUCCAUACAUCAUAUAUAUCAUGAUUAAAAACAGAAAGAAAAUUCUUUUUACGAACUUGCUUUCAGUAUAUGUCAGUAUUUCUUACAUAUGAUCAAUUAGGUAAAGUUUAUAUGAGUGUUAUUUUGAAGUCUAUUUUGUCUGAGCCAAUGUUGGUACGCUUUAAUAAAGAAUGUGAAAAAUAAUUC